CACUAUAUUUCUGGACUCUUGGUUAUUCUACAUUGAGCUAGACAUAAGUUAUGGAGGGGCAAAGAGCACAGAACCAGCCGAGAACGAGAGAUCCAACUCGGUAUAGAGGAACUCGGAAGAGACCAUGGGGCAGAUAUGCAGCAGAAAUCCGAGACCCUACGAGAAAUGGGGUACGCCUAUGGCUAGGUACAUUUGACACUGCAGAACAGGCAGCAAGGGCUUAUGAUCGAGCUGCUUUUCGAUUGCGAGGGAAUUUAGCUAUCCUCAACUUCCCGAAUGAAUAUCAAUACCAUAGCUCAUCAAACAACUCUUUCGUUUCGUCGAAUCCAUGUUCUUCAUCAUCAGCUGCCAUUUCCUCUGCUGCUGCUGAUGACACUGGAAAUGCAGAUAGGCGCAAACAAGAAAGUGAAGUUAUUGUGUUUGAGUCUUUGGACGAUAUGAUAUUGGAGGAGCUCCUUGCACCUAAAGAAGAUACACAAGAAAAUUAA